UGCAUGUUAGGAAAUGCAAGAAUGAAUUGCUAGCAGUUAGGUUGAGGUCACAUGUAAUGUAUGUGUAAUGUAGCCAUUCAGUGUAAUUCAUAUUAUCUGUUUUAAUAUUUAAAUAGCUGCCAUGUAUACAAUCUCGAGACAAUUGUGUACAUUGGUAAGAGGUGCUUGCCAGAAGUUUGUUUUUCCUGCAAAUACAGGAAGCUUUGCAGAGUAUGGAAUCAAACGUGCUGUGUGUUCCAGUGCAGUCAGAUUGCAGGAGUCUGCAACGUUAGAUCAGAACGCGGAUCCUUCUGAAAAGACUCGGGAGUUCACUGUCUAUCCUCCUAUACCUGGCCAGGAGAGUUCAUUGAGAUGGGCAGGAAAGAAGUUUGAAGAGUUGCCAAUUGUACACAUUAAAGCCACAUAUAAUAAUACUCAUGUCAUGGUGACAGACAGCGAGGGCAACUACAUUUUCAGAACAACCUGCGGCUCAGAAGGGUUCAGAAAUGCCAAGAAAUCAACCCCCAUCGCUGCACAAACUGCAGGCAUCACCGCAGCAGUGAAAGCGCAGGCGAAGGGCGUGACGUUUGUGCGUGUGGUGGUGAAGGGCCUGGGCCUUGGCAGGCAGAUUGCUGGUCAUGCAGGAGGCAGAAGCCGUAAGCCGGGCGUAUUUUUAGCCUGGCGAGCGCCUCUCUUGCGCCCGCAGCGGACAUGCGGCAGACCCCCCGCCGCCACCUGGGCGGUCGUGUGCACCAGGCGGAAAUGGAGUCGGGGGGGGACAUGUAAUGAGGCGCACACCCCCACCUGCUAUUAAGGGGUUAACGAUGGGGGGUUUGGAGAUUGUGUCCCUCACUGACAACACCCCUGUACCCCACAACGGCUGCCGCCCACGCAAGGCUCGGAGAAUGUGAGGACACUGCGCACUACCGGGACUCUGCAGUCUGCCUGUCACUUCACCAAUAAAGUCUUCUCUCUGUUUCAAA